AUGUAUUUUAUCACUGGACUCCCUAAGUCUAAGAGUUAUGAAGCUAUCCUAGUUUUUGGGGAUGUACUCUCGAAAUACAGCCACUUCAUCCCCAUCAAGCAUCUAUAUACGACAAGGUUGUUAGCUGAGGUUUUCACAAGGGAGGUGGUACGUUUGCAUGACAUUCCAGCCUCCAUUCUCAAUGACCGAGACCUAAUUUUUGUGAGUUCAUUUUGGAAGGAAUUGUUCAAAUUGCAAGGAACUCAGUUGCAAAUGAGCAUCAUAUACCAUCCUCAAACUAUCCUAGUUUUUGGGGAUGGACUCUCGAAAUACAACCACUUUAUUCCCAUCAAGCAUCUAUAUACGACAAGGUUGUUAGCUAAGAUUUUGACAAGGGAUGUGGUACGUUUGCAUGACAUUCCAGCCUCCAUUCUCAAUGACCGAGACCCAAUUUUUGUGAGUUCAUUUUGGAAGGAAUUGUUCAAAUUGCAAGGCACUCAGUUGCAAAUGAGCAUCUUAUACCAUCCUCAAACUGAUGGUCAAAUGGAGGUGGAAGCAGUGCAAAGAGAAUUGCAGGAUAAGGAUGAAGCCAUCAAACAACUAAAGUAUCAAUUGUAG